AUGGCGUCGAUCAACAACACAAUGAAUCUAUGCAGCUAUACUUUUAUCGUUAACCGUACUAAGCUACUCUGCCGUGUUACAGGUGUUGAACGGACCUGGGAUUAUUUGAAAAAAGAAUUCAACAUUGAAGCUGGUGAAUUAACUGGAGCAAGAUAUUACGAAACUGUUCACUUUGGUCCUACAUGUUUUGGUGUUAUUGAUAAUAAAAUAUACUAUUUUCUCGAAAAUCAAUGGUACCCAUACAAGACUGCCGCUGAUAUAGUUUACGAAACAAUAAAUCUCGAUGAUUAA